AUGACUGUAGAUAUGCUCAUAUCAACUGAUGAUCGUAUGAGUCCCUUAUUAACAAAUUUGAAAUAAUUUAAUGAAUAAUAAGUGCAUGAACACUUGUUAAUGAUAGUAGAUUCCCCACAGGAUACUGUACUAAAAUAGGAAUCAGAACCAUCUGAAGAAAAUCAAUCAAUAAAAUCCACACGAACAUUGAGGAUAAGUAAACCGAAGAAAAUUGUAAUUGAAAAGAGUACAUUUAAAUUGGCUGAAAAAAGUCCCGGUCCUUUAAGUACUCGAUCGAAUCAAAAAAGGACUUCCUUAUCGAUCCAACAUUCUUGA